AUUCUAUAUCUAUUCUAUAUUUUGCUGAUGCUUGCCCCAUAUAUUGGUACCCUUUGGUCUAUGUAAAAUACACUACUGUAAACAUUUUCAAAUAACAAAUCACUCAUCCAGACAGCCUCUUAUUAAAAAACAUUACAGUACCACUGUUUAAUAUACUUAUUCCUGUACAUUUAUUGUAAUAAAAUAUAUCUGUAUGAGACUUACGCCUUUUCUCCAUGAAGUAAAAAAAUCUAAGGAUGUACAAUCCCAUGCAAACCACACUAAUGCAAAUGAAGACCGUUCCAGUCACAGUUCCUCCAUUCUGCUGAAGGUUUAAUGUCAAGCCAGCUUAGUAACUGACGCUCCCACACCCUGAGUUCAGGUGAGUGACCAGGUCAGUGACCAGGUGAGUGCCUUCUGUUCCGUAAUUAGAAACCUCAAGUGAACAAAUGAGAGUUACCAUGGACUAUCUUGUGAAUCGUGGUUAAUGUAUUUCACUGUGAUAAUACAGUUAGUGCUGGUGUGAAGGCACUUUGAUUGUGUGCAUUCAAGGGAAUUGUAUACACUGUAUGUAGGUUUGGAACGGACGACAAACAAAUUGAUCAAUCAGGGAAUGUGUACAAUAUGAAGGUAAUGGAUGUGGGCUGGACUGAUUGUUGUCAGUUUCAUACAAAGGCUCUAUGGUGCCAUGUCAACUUACAGAACAACUGGAGGAAGUCAGAUCAUGAGAGAACCAAUGUGCUGAAGCCAUUUCUUCCGCUUUAGUCCAAGGUCGAAUGUCAAUUUGGCGUCAUUGGAAGAAACGUGUUGUCGUUGUUGAUCCCAGGUAUUUUUCUGUUGGAUAGAAACCAUGGCAACCAGUGUCAUCAUAAACAACCAGCCCCCCCAGCUCCCACCCCAGGCUAUUAUAGCAGUCCAGACCAACCAGUGGAGUACAGGCAUCUGUGGAUGCUUUGAUGAUCUGCAAGUCUGCUGCUUUGCUUACUGGUGCUUCCCGUGUUUCGCCUGCACCACUGCCUCUGAGUUCGGAGAGUGUUUCUGUCUGCCCCUGCUGGACGUGGGGUGCGGCGGCAUGCAGAUGCUGGGGCUGCCCAGCUGCACUCCGCCCGUCUCCAUGUCCAUGAGGGUGGCGGUGCGUAACCGCUACGGCAUCCAGGGGGACAUGACAGACGACUGCGUCUACGCCACCUUCUGUAACGUGUGCUCCUGGUGUCAGAUGGCCAGGGAGAUAAAGAGACGCAGCCAGCCGUUCACCUUCAUCAAUGCCCAGCCCACAGUGUUGGCCCAGACCCAAGCCCAGGCCCAGGCCAUGAUGGUGGCAGCCUCUCCCCAGACAGGGGUCAUCUCCAGCCAGCCUCACAUCUCCCCCGCCAGCCCCCAGGCCCUCAUGACCACCAGGUUCAUGUAAUCUCUGACAUCACAAAGACUUUCUUUAUUCGUCUAUUAUGUGACUUGGUCCUGUUGCUUUAUUUCUCAUUGUUUUAUUGCAUUAUGGUCCCCCAAAGAGUUGUAAAGUUUGUUAGUGUGUGUUUUUUUGGAGCAAAGAAAAGAGUCUGUGUGUUGCUCAGAAACCCUCUUUUGUGUUAAGUACUGUAUGUAUGAGAAUGAGUGUAUGUUGUCCGUGUGAGCGUGUGUCUGUGUGAGCGUGUGUCCGUGUGUGUGUGUGUGUGUGUGUGUGUGAGGGUGGGGGAAUUUCGUUUUAAAAACAGAAGGCUCUCUUAUAGCACUAACCUAACACUAGCCUCUAAAAUUCAGUGACUUUACAUUUCAGUCGUCUAUAAAAGGCAAUGACGAAAACAUUUUCACACCUUUUUUGAAAGAUUUUUCUUACCGUUACGACUUACCCUUCAUAAAUCUGUCAUAGCGAGAGGAAUGGAAAUAAAGUGUAUCACAUUUAACGAUCAAGUCUGAACUCUCUUGAUAUUCCAGUCACCUGCCUGUGUUUUGCUUCAACAACACAACUGAAUAAUGAACUCCCCCAAAGUAGAGCACAUCCAAAGUGAUUAUGGGCUACGUGUCGUAACCAUGACGAUGUGUGUAUGGCUCACUGGAAUCUUUUCGCAGAGGUUGAUCUGUUGAAGCCGUAAUACGUACAAUGCUGCACAGAAACACAGUUUAGCCCGAAGGAAUCUGUGCAUUUCAAUCUAAUGCAACUCAAGAAUAAAGUUAGCAUUAAACUUAAUCAUAAAAAGGAGGGUUUGUUUAUUUUUGAAUUACUGAUGUCACACUUUCUCAAGGAAGUGCAGAUGAUAAGACCAGGGGAUCUGAUUCGCCCUCGGCUUCCAGCUUCUACCACCUUCAUAUUUCCAAGGCAACGGUAAGGCGCCUCUCAAUGACAGCCACAAUCCAACAUGGGCUCAUUGACCUCUAGGAUCACUCCAGGCUCAUGGCCUUCUACUUACGAUGACCCGUUUUCAAUAGCUGGGACCUUCGUUUGUACAGCCCUCUCAGUCUGCAGACUGCUCUGCCUCGACGAAUGUUCCUGGACAAACAAGACCAUUCUGGUAGUCAGGUGACAGCGUGUGCCUCCUUAAACAAGCAUAAUGUUGUGCUCCAUCAAAUGGAAGGGUUUUAUUUGUACUCGUUAUCAUCAUUCAAUGACAUGUUAGAUGGCUGAUGAUGUCCGUGGAUGGGAAGCCUUGCCACAAGAAAAGAAAUGGAAUGGAAAACAAGGACAACUUUAACUUUGGAACAGUGGAAAUACAGUCGGUUUGAUUCCAAAAACAUAAUGUGUUGUUCUCUCAAUAUUGUUAAAACCAUGCCAGAUAUCUACAGCUGCCAUCUACAUUUAGCUCAUUAGAACCCUCUCCUGAGUCAGUAUUCUGAAGUUCCACCUUGGGAGAACAAUGUGUUCUGUGUCUUGAACUGAAACAGCUUGAGUGUUCCAAAACGUGUCCCCAAAAAUCAGGGAUUGAGGUCAGAUGGACAACAAAACCGUUCUCCACCAGUAACCCAGAACGUCCUCCUCUAUCCACCCAGUGUGCAGCACGCCACCUUCCACACCAGGUCUUCCAGUAUCUUCCGCAAGGAAACAGCCCAGCCGCACACACAGACAGGGACUGACUGCCCUAUGUGCAACUGGUCACA